ACACAUUUCACACGAGCAAUAAAGAAAAAAUGACCACCUACAUCCCCGCCAUCACAAUCCCUUCGGCGGUGUUCCAGAAUCCCGCCUCUUCGAUUCUCCUCCCCAUCGCAUUGGGCACCGCAGUUGGUUUCGGCACCCGACCUUCCAAGACGCAAAAGAAAUAUCUUGAAUUGAAGCAACCUCCUUUACGUCCCCCGCCAUGGGUGUUUGGGCCCGUCUGGACAGUCCUCUAUGGGCUCAUGGGAUAUGGUGCCUACCGUGCCACCAACAUCGGCCUCUCGCCCUUGUCUUCGCCGCAGACCAUUCAGACAACAAAGCAUAGCAUGACCAUCUACACCGUCCAGCUUGGCCUAAACCUCGUCUGGAUGCCGCUCUUCUUUGUCGCCAACCGCCCAGUUGAAGCUACUAUUGACAUCGUUACCCUACUGGGCCUCAAUGGUUAUUUGGCCUACCUAUGGGGAUCCGUUGAUUCUGUUACGGGCUGGUGCCAGGCGCCUUACUUGGCGUGGUUGAGCUUUGCAACAUACUUGAGUGCUGGAGCGGGAUACUUGAAUGAUUGGGAUCUGGCAGACAAAGAGACUGCUAGAGAGGAUAAGAAGCAACAGUAAAACUAACAAAACUGGCACGUCAUAGUUACGGUCCCAAUACACUUCACGUCACGGU